GCAAUAUGGGGCAAUGCUGGGUCAAUGUCACUGGCCUGACAUCCUGCUGAGUUUCUCUAGCUCAGCCGGCUGCCUGAGGAAAGGGGUGGAAAGGGUUACAGACCCAGAGCAGGACCAGUGGUGUUUGCCAAGCUGACUGGGAGAGGCCCUGCGAAGAGGGACAUAUGGCCAGCCUGGGGAAACAUGGAGUCACACCCAGGAUGUAACUCCAAUUGCUGGAGAUAUGAGCAGCAGCUGUUAGUCCCUGGAACCAUAUGGAAGAGGAAGGACUGUCAAUGGUGGGGGUGGGGUGUGCGUGUGUAAAACUAGAAAUGGGGAAGUCUCGUCUAGAGAUCAGUGCAGGCAGCACAAUAGAAGGGUUUAGGGCUCAAGACUCCUGGGUUCCGUGAAGGAGAAUCCUGAACCCCCUGUUGGAACUGCAUUUUAGGGUGGCAGGAAGGAACCACCCCAGCUGGAAUUCACCCAGGGAUGUGGACGGUUCGCACCCAUGCGCUGGACAGGUGAUCAAAGGUGUUUCCCUACCUGUAAGCUCAAUGGAUGCUGGGAUUUCAUGCAGAGACGCGAACAGACCAGUAGGCAGUGCUCUUGCUCAACAGAGCCCUAUAUAAAUACCUCCACGACGUGGCACUGGGUUCAGUUACCGAAGGGACGAGGUUCGAUGUGAACAGAAAGAUCGUAUGUCCCCUGUCUCUGGCUCGCUCAGCAUGGCUUUUUUGACCUAUGAACAACAACGUAUGAUUGCCAGGGGGAUGAAGUCUCUGGUGUCUCUGGCCAACAAGCUGAGCUCUUCCAGUGAAAAACCAUGUGAUCAGAAGGAGAUGCAGAAAGAUGCCCACUGCACCUGGGAGGAAAUGAAAGCUGUGGAGAACCAGCUGGAAAUCCAGAAGCAAACCAUUGAUUCCCAGUACGUGGGCCUGAUUGACAAGAAAUCAGAUCUGAACAAUGAAAUGAAUAAAAGAAAAUUAAGCCAGGAUCUAUUACAAAUCCAGCUGAAAUAUCAUGAGAAAACCAAUGAGCAUGCCCAAGAAAUGGUGACAACAGCACAGAAGCACCUGUGCAAGCUCACUGAGUUGCAGGAGAAAGUGAGGCAAGAGGAGAAGUGGCAUAAAAUUGCAAGGAAUAUCGCCCUGCUGUUCAUGCCUUUUUCCACUCUUAUGGCCGGCAUCGUGUCCGCCAUUUUCCAGACCUCUCUGUACAGUGCUCAGAGAGCAGACCAGGAGCUGCAAAAAGCCAUCGACCUCUAUGAAACCAAAGUCUCUGAAUACGAACAAAACAUUUGCAAAUGCGACAUCGAGAAGGAAGAAACUGAGUUGAAGAUCAAGGACGAUGAGAUAAACAUUGAAGAGAUCAAGGGGAAACUUUUAAAACUGGAGAAUGUAAUGGCAAAGCAAGAGCGGUUUCUCUGUAGCCUGGGUCUGCUGGUUGGUGAUUUAGAGGUACUUGAGACAAAGUUGGAGCCUGACGCUGACUAUGAAAGUGCCUGGGAAGUUCUGAAAAAGAAAGUGGUUAUAAGCCUGGAAGGGGACCAGGGCUUGUUGAACUUCCUGGAUGGACAGGAAAUAAGGGGCUUUGUCAGGAGUCUAAAAGACAUCAUUCAGUCAAGGGCUGACAUCUAGAUCAAGGAUUUCAGAGCUGAGCUGGACCCAGUGCAGAGGAGAAUGUGAGUUGCUAGUUUACAAUGUGGUGACAGAUAUCAGACUCCAGCCCUGGCUCCAUUAACUUCAGUGGGGUCCCUCUGUAUUUAUACUGGGGUAACAGCUCAGAAUUAAGCCAUGGGGUUGCACCAGAUUUAUACUAGAGUAAACUGAAAAUCGGAAGGGUGGGGAAGUGAGUGGAAGGGUGUCAAAUGGUGGGAAUGUGACCCAAAAAAAACACUUUAUACAUCAUGACUUCUGCAGCUGGCUUAGGAAAUGCUACAUACACUUACAAAAUAUUAGGUGAAUCUGAGAUCCAGGGAAGUCGGUGGGAGUUUUGCCAAUGGGGGCAAGAUUUCAUGCGUCAUGCAUAAGGCUGUGAUUCUGUAACAGAGGUCGCAGAAGUUAUGGUUCUGUGACUUUCCGAGACCUCUGUGAUUUCCACAGAUGCAGCUGACCACGGGGCCAGCCACACCAGCCACCCCUCAGGCAGCCCUGGGCAACUGACCCCAGGGACCGCCCAAAGCAGUGGCCGGCGUGGUGGCCUCGAGAGCACCUGAGCAGCGGCUCCAGGGCCAAGCAGAGGUCCCAGGGGCAGCCACACUGGGCACUGCUGGAGUAGCCCCAGGCCUGGCCACUCAGGCAGUCCCUGGGGCCAGCCACACCGGCCACUGCUUGGUUGGUCCCAGGCAGCUGGCCCCCCUGAGCACCCGAGCAGCACUGGUCCCAGGGACAGCCGGAGCAGCAGCGGCCCUGGGGGCAGCCCCAGGGGCCAUGAGGAAAGUGGUUCCCGGUGCCUCAGAGAAGUGGGUUGCCAGGGGCAGUUAGCCCCCAUGGCCGGAGCAGGGGGCCCCCAGAGCAGUGGGGCCCCAGGAGCAGACAUUUUGUAAUAGUUAUUUAUAGUUAAGGUUAUGGACAUGUCAUGGGCUAUUAAUUUUUGUUUAUUGCCCGUGACCUGUCCACGACUUCUACUAAAAAUACCCAUGACAAAAUCUAAGCCUUUAUCAUGCACACUAAGUCUUUGUUUUAUAUCUAUGUGGCACAGCAGAACUGUAGUUGAAGCUCUCUCAGCUUUUAUUUGUGGGGCAGGGCCGUAUGAAUCUUUAACCAAAAAGCUUUUCUCCCAGGUAUUAGUAGGUAUGAGAGUUAAAUAUAAGGGCUGGCACAAUAAAGCUUUGAAUAAAAAUUACUUUCUAUCCCAAUGAAUCAGGUGAUACUUGCAUGACUAACUGUGAAGAUACAAUGCUACCCUUUCUCCAGUCAGCUAUAGUCUCCCAGGGAAACCAGGAUCGAUAGCAAGUGCACGAAAAUAUAAACUCGUUACUAGUAAAGUUGGCAGAU